AGAGCAAGCAGCAGACAGACAUCUAGUAGCACAGAAAGACAGACAUGGUGAAAAAUUUUGUUCGCAUCGCAGUCUCGGGUAGUGCAAACAACAAGCUGGAAAAUCGUGCAGAAAAUCCGUGAAAUCGUGCGUGAACAGUGCACCGGAUCGAAUCGAUCCCGGAACGGUCAAUUUUCGGUGGGAGGCACCACGUUUCUCAGGGCUAUAUUUUCCAGCUUUUUUUUCUCCAAUUGCUAUCCAGUGCAAGUUUGUGAAAUCCAAAUAUGUCUACAAUGUAAAGCGUUGUGCAUGGUGCAAGGGCCAAGUAAGAAGCGUAAAAUAGUGAGCGAGAAAAAAGAAGAAAACAACAAUCUAACAAGUUAAAGUUCAGCCAAGUGCGAAGCGAAGCGCAGUGAUUGAAAAUUUUCCCGCUGUGCCAGCGAAAAGUGUUUGCCAAAUUCAGUGUGUAUGUGUGUGGUGGGAUUGCAUCAGUGGAAAACCCCGAAUCCGAGCUGUCCGCUGUCGUCCCUGGCAGCUCAAAGUGAAGGGGGAAACUUUCUUCUUCCCUAACUUUCCCCUGGUGUUGCAGAUCGGGAAGGGAAAAGGGCCUAACAUCGUGACAAAAGAACACAACGGGCAUAGUGAGGAAAACGACGACAGUGAAAAUAUAACAACAACAACAAAGCAACAAGAGAACGAACGAAAAGCAACAGGAAGGUGGCAGGAGGGUUGCAGGAAAAACACUCCGACAGUCAGCCAGUCAACCAGUGUACUUUUGCGCUGAUAAACUAGCAACAACAGCAACAAUAGCAACAGAGCAGCAAGGAUUAUCUCAUCAGAACCAGCUAUACGGAAUAUUCAUAGGAAAAUCGCACCACCAGUUGGGUGGAAAAAUCUGCACCGAGUCGAGCAUCGUUUGCAAUAAUUGGUUGCCUCUUGUCUACGGAGGCGAAGUAGCGCAACUCUAUCCAACCAGCACCACCAUACCCCACGUCAGUAGCCAGCAUCUGUUGAGCUGCCUGUGCCCUCCGGUAAUCAAGGAGUACCGGCGAACACAGCACAGGCUGCCAGCACAGCAAACUUUCCUCCGAAUCCAGUAACGUAGAUAAUGAAACAGAUCAAUGUCGCCGUCGUUGGGCUUUCCGGUGUUGAGAAGGACAAAGGCCAGCUGGGGGCAGGCAAGUCCUGCCUGUGCAAUCGAUUCGUGCGGCCAAAAACGGAUGAUUACGCGAUCGAUCACAUAUCUGUGCUGAGUCAGUCUGAUUUCAGCGGCCGAGUUGUCAACAAUGACCACUUCCUCUAUUGGGGUGAGGCGCGCAAAACGUCCGAGGAGGGCGUCGAGUAUAAUUUUAGCGUAGUUGAACAGACCGAGUUCGUAGACGAUGCCACAUUCCAACCCUUCAAGGUGGGCAAAAUGGAGCCCUACACAAAACGAUGUUCGGCCAUUCGGUUAAGCUCACAGGAAAAGCUCAAAUAUAUUUGCAAAAACCAGCUGGGCAUCGAGCAUGAGUACGAGGAAAUCGUCCUACCGGAAGGACGAUUUCUGGUCGACGGAUUUGUGUGCGUUUUCGACGUGAGUGUCGUCCCUAACAGGACCGUUGAAAAGCAGGUGGAAUUCAUCACACAGAUCAUCAACAACAUCCUAAAAAACAAGAAACCAGUCGUGCUGGUAACGACCAAAAACGAUGACUCCAACGAACUUUAUAUCCGAGAGGCAGAGAAGAUUUGCGCCCGGAAGGAGUACAAAGGUCAAAUUGUGAUGGUAGAGACAUCGGCACAUGAAAGCAUAAAUGUCGAUCUAGCAUUUAUAGUCCUAGCACAAAUGAUCGAUAAAGCGAAACAACGAUCUAAGAUCAUGUCUUAUGCGGAGGCGGCGAAACAACGAACUGAUUUGCUGAAUGCCAGCUCUGAAUACGUCACGCGUCUUAUCCGAACUCAAAUUACAGAUCAUCGUUCUAUAUGGACGAGCUCUUCCAAAAAAUUAGCCAACCACAGGGAAUGGAUUGACUUUUUGGAACUGUUUGGCCAGGAGGCCGGCCAGAGGAUAUUCCGACGGCACAUUAAGAAGCUGCGGGACGAUUAUCAAGGCAAAAAGCUACAAAGCUACAUGGAUUCGUUUGCGUGCGUACUGCAGGAAAUUCUGCCGGACAUGAACAGCAUCAACUUGGAGCUGGACACGUUCAACGAUUGGCAGUCGGUACGGAACUAUUUCCGAAAUCAUGUCGAAUAUGAACAGUACUUUUUCGAUGCCAUAGAGAGGGGCGGCAGCUGGGCGGAGUUGAGUGAUAUGAGCGAUAUGGAAGAUGAGAAUCGAAUACCGUUCGAUAUCCUGGACACGCCUGAAGCGGAAACCGUGUUCAAGAACCACAUGAAUGCCCUGCAGCAGGAACAAAAGCGAUUAGAGAUGCCAAAAAGAUGGAAGAAGCAGUUCAAGAAAUUGCUGGAGGAAACCGGAUAUGUGACACCUGGCAAGCAACUGUCGGAGGUUCGAGUGCUGUUCAUGGGUCGCGAAUGUUUCGAAGCAUUGUCCGAGCAUGAUUGUCAGCAAAUCUACGAUAACCACCAGCGGGAGCUUAUUGAGACGGCAAAGCGAAACUUCCAGGAGCUGCUAAUGGAACAUGCGGACUUGUUCUACCAUUUCAAGAACAUUGAACCCUCGGGAACAAUUACCCAGAAUGACGUCAAGGAAAUUACCGAUGUUCUCCAGGAAGAUUUGCGAUACAAACUGCUUGACCGAUUGGAACAAGAUCGGAAGUUGAUGUUGUUUCAGCAUCUUGGGUUUGUUCAUUGUCCGAUACGAGAGCAUUGCCCUGCGUUCCCGAACUGUAUGGACGCUCUGAUCGAGAGGAUAUUGAUUGCCAAUCAGAAUCUACCGAACCCGAAGUUUGCUCAGAAGGACGGUCAAUUGCAACUGAAUCUCAUAGUCAUUGGGUUGGAUUACAUUGCAAACGAUUUCAUAGACAAAGUACACCAGCAAUGCAACGAUAACGGCGAGUACAUAGUGGACGGCCAAGUAUAUGGGCUAAGCAUUGAAACGAUCAAUCGGGAAAAUGAUUCGUUCUCGUUUGAUCUGGCCAACAAAGGACUGAUAUGUUGCUACUCGAAUAGACAAACAUUCACUUAUAUCUAUGAGGUACUCGAUCGUCUAUUGGUGGACAAUAUUGAUUUUAAGGAUAGCGUAAACAAUUUGCACAUAGUGUUCAUGAGUGAUGAAAAGAAUAGUGAGAACACCUUGCAACAAUUGCAAAGCGAUGGUCAAUCGUUGGCGGAACGACUUCACUGCGUGUUUAUCGAUGAGAAUGAGUUUUACGCUUCCGGCCAAGAAGUGCGCUUCAUAGAGACAACACUGAACAGCGUUAUCGACUCAAUUCCUUUUGAUGAACUCAAAUACGGCAUGAAUCUAGCAGAUAUUCCUGAUUUGCGCAUUAUUAUGUGCAUCUUUUGCGGCGAUCCUUUCUCGACUGAGAACCUACUGAGCUCGAUGAUGAUUGAGCAGUCGUGUAUAAACGCAGGUGAAAGGAAUAUAAUUUUCGAAAUGUUUUUGGGCGAUUCCAAGCGACGAGUUGAGUUAAUCUUAUCCUCAUACCAUGGCGCAAAUGCUUUUAGAGAUGAUCUCAUCCAUGGAUUUAUCCUGCUAUAUUCCAGCAAACGAAAGGCUUCCCUUUCUACCCUUAGCGCUUUUUCAUUAAACAUUCCAAAUCUUCCAAUGCAACUCGUCUCCGUAUCGGAACAGGGUGGAGUCAACGCUUUCUUCAACAACGAAACAUCACAAAUGCUAAUCACCGAGGGCAAUGCAAUUGCCGACAAGUUACGCGCACACUUUGCAACCGCUUCCGACGAAGAUAACCAAUUCAAAUUUGCUUCGUUUGCUCCGUUCCUCAAAGAAGUAUGGGACAAGAAGCCAGAGAUUGAACACGCCUUCAAUAUGGAAGAGCCCCUUACAAUUGAUUCGGGAGAGGGCACCAUGGAACACUCUAUGCACCAUCAUCACCAGCAAGCACCACAACCUCCACCUCGUUACGAGAGCUAUCUAAUAAACGGUUCCCAAACGACCUACCGCGGCCAACAUCAGCAUCCCCACCAGCAACAGAAAAUGCUCUUCGAUAACCGCUCCAUCAACUCCUUGGAUGACCUAGAUAAUCUCAAGCAACAUCAGCAGCAGUAUUCCAACAUGUACUACUACGAAGACAGUAGCGAUUUUGAUAAAGGUGGCAGCAAUCAAGGUUUUCAAAUCUAUCCACCACCCACCACACCGCCAGAGCCAGCACCACCAGAUCACCUACUGACGCCAUCCUCGAUUUUACGCCAACUCAAAGCUAAUACCGUGUCCCAGUCACAAAGUAGCUUGGAGGAAAUCAACUCUGACGUCAGUGGAUCCAAGGACUCGAUCAACACAUACGACUCAGGCUGGUUGGACGACGGAUUUCUCAUCCCCAAGCAGGAUAACAAGCAGAACGAAGACAUGUGGAAGAGCAUGAACCCCCACCACGCUUUCACAACCGGACGGAGGCCAAACCAAAGUUCGUUUGCGAAGAAAAUUCGCCCAAAGGGCCCCAGCCAAACGCUGAAGCAACCGGGAAAACUGAAUCUCAAAAGCUUUGCCAUAGUCAACGAGGCCAUAGCACGCAUGAAUCUGGGAGAUGGACAGGGCCCGUUCCAAGGGAGCGGUGGUCAACCCAUGACAGAGAAAGAGAAAAAGAAGGCCAAAAAGUUGCUCCAGCAGCAGUUGGAGAAUGCUCCGCUGGCUGCUCCGGAGGACGACAGCGAGGACUACGAGGAUGAGGCCGGUUAUGAGCAGAUAAACGAUGCAUUUAGCGAUGCAGUUAAUAAUGUAGCAAGUCAAUUAUUUACUACCUUUUCGGGAGGGCAACGAGGGGAUGUUGGUCAGCAGGGUAUCGAUCUGACCGGAGGAAAGGCUAAACUACGACAACGACGGGAGAAGGAACAAACUGGUUCUACAUUUCCAACAGUAUUCAACAUUCCGGAAUAUUCCGAUUCGGAGAGUGAUUCUAGUUCUUUAGAAAGGAAGCGCUCAACCGAUGGUUAUUCUAAAAUUAACCGCAAACCUCAAGGUCAUAAAAGGCAUCGCAAGAAGCGAACCGCCAUCCCAGUUCAGCCGCCAAAGAUUCCACUGGGUCCAUUUGGCGGUGGUGGAGGCCCUGGGGAUGGCGGUGGGCAACCGAUGAUGGUCGGUGUUCCUGGAGGUGGCCAUAUAGGAUCGGCUCUCGGAAUGCCAAUGAUGUAUCAAAAGCUGAAGAAUGAGAAGAACAUGAGCAUGGAUAAGGAUAAGCAAGAGGACGAGUCGAGCAUCGAUGUGUCUUCGCCGAGGGAUAACAAUUCACCGAUUUUUGGUGUCCUCCCAAAGAUGGGUGACCGGGAAAAACUGAUCACCAAGCAGAAAAAUUGGUUUGGUAAGGAGAUCGAUAGCAGCAAGAACAGCUCCAAAGAUUCGAAGGAUUCGGACUCCAAUGCAAAGAAAACAGCUGGUCGAUCGAGCAAGGGAACCAGCGGAAAGAAUGCCAAAAACGCGCCUCCGAUUCCGCAACAACCGUCGUUAGCUAGUUUUAAGCAAUCGGAUAAAAAUCUGGUGCCACUAUUUGUGGAGAAAUGUGUCAAAUUUAUCGAAUUGGAGGGUUUGGAUUCGGAGGGCAUUUACCGAGUGCCGGGUAACAGAGCACAUGUCGAUUUGCUGUACCAGAAAUUCGAUGAAGAAGUCGACGUGGACAUCGAAAAGUUGGAUAUUCCCGUGAAUGCAGUGGCCACCGCCCUCAAGGACUUUUUUGCCAAACGGUUACCAUCGCUGUUCAAUACGGAGAUGAUGGCCGAAUUGGAAGAGAUUGCCGGUUCUAGACCGCUGCAAGCCAUCAGCAGUCUCAAUAUGGAGGUCAAAACGGACCGAAGCUGCCGGUUGAUUGCGCUGAGAUCGCUACUUGGAAAACUCCCUCCGAGCAAUUUUGCCAUAUUGAGCUUCAUUUUCCAGCAUUUCGUGAGGGUUUCCGAGAACUCCAAGCUGAACAGCAUGGAUAGCAAAAAUCUUGCGAUCUGCUGGUGGCCCACGCUGCUGCCCAUCGAAUUCACCGACAUGAUGCGGUUCGAGACCAUGCGCCCCUAUCUGGAGGACAUCGUCCAGACGAUGAUCGACCAGUAUCCGUUUCUGUUUUGUGGCGAGGAGGCCUUCGUGAUGGUUUGAUGCCGUGAGCAGCAACGGCCUCAUCAACUGCCAUCACCAGAGGAGGAUGGAGGCUAGUGAGUUGUUGAUUAAUUUUUAGUUGUGCAGCUUUUGCCCGGGCCAGGUUUACUGCAAGGGCUGUGUAGAAUUCGGUUUUCAUUUCAAAAUUGCGUCCGGCUUUAAUUAGGCGAAGAGUAUUAUUUUUAUUCUGGCGCGAAUUCCCUUUUUAGCUAGGCAUUUAGAACGUAAAAAAAUUGAUGUUGAAAUAUUUUCUACUUCGCUGUUGUCACUUGUUGGAAAAUUCCGAACAACAGUAAAACAAAAUACAAAGUCAAAUAUUUGUAGCAGCGCUUCGAUAAUGGCAUGAGAGAUCCUUACUUUUGUUAAUGCCCUAUAAGUGUAGUGUUGAAAAAGAAGUGCAACGCAUACACGAUAUUCGACCCCAAUAGGAAACGCAGGAUAGGAAUAUACUCAAAUUUGCGCUGAUAUUAUCCGCUGUAAAUGUUAAAAUUAAUGAAGAAAAGAGUGAACAACUCGAUAGUGUUUUUUAUUUGCUUAUUGUUUAGGCGAAGCGACAAAAUGCUUAGAAACAUGCUACUUACUCCGAUGUCGUCGAAUCGUGAACAUUAAUCAACAGACAUUCUUUAAUAGAUUCAGAGAUAUUUUUAACUGGUUUAUCAGUGUAUUUGAACAAAAUAUGGGAAAAUAAGGAUAUUUGUAUAUUUACCUGUGUAUAUUUUUAAGGCAAAAAUAACGUCUCUCUGAACAGUAGUGGAACAAGGUGAAUGAAACAAGUCAUUUUUAAGGUAGAACCGUUAUGUCAUAACAACUAGAAAGAAACGCAUGAUAAGAAUGUUACAAAUAUGUGGUGAUAAAUUUUAUAUACUUUCAGUAUAAUUUAGUUACUGUGAAUCAAGAUAAAAAAACACCACACAAAUCGCGAAACUCGAAACCGAUUACCGUUUUCUAGAUCAGUGUUGUCAACUUUCAACAGCAAAUUUCUCCUAUCAACUUACUACCUAUCGGGUGAAAAAAAUAAAUGUUUAGAAAAGUUCCUAACUUUUAGUUUUGUUUUUCUAGUCGAUUGUUGCACUGAAUUGGCUAAUUACGACAAAGUCUGGCAACACUGGUCAUCCAAGUGCAAGCAUGCAAUACCUUUGAAACACUAACGAUAAAACUCCGAAUCAGAGACUAACAAAAACGUGCCAUCCCACAUCAAGAUGUAGACGAUGUCCCUUCCCUUCUCCUCACUCAGUGUACUUCCUUGCUGAUUUACUCAUGUACGCAACGACUAAUGUGUAGUAGUGCAACCGACCGAAAGAGGCCCCUCUAGUACUAAACAUAUACUCAAAAAGACGCUUCCCCUAUUAUAAAGACACACACCACUCAAACUUAACUCACACCGAAUGAUUUCAACCAGAGAAACGAAAACGAACACGUCCUUCCUUAUUUAAGCAAAAGAAAGAAAUCGAAUAGAAUAUACAAAUCUAUAGAGUGCAACAAGGUGGAAGAAAGGCCAAUUCCGAUAUUUUUAAUUUCAAGGAAAAUAAUUUACUUACGUAUACCUUAUAUAGGCGACUAGAGAGUAAAUGAACUAAUGAGAGACAUACCUAAAUAAACACUACUAAAAGUGAUUGUCAGUGAACAAGUGAGAACACUAAUGCGCUUCUUAUGUAAUAUGAAUCUAUGACAAAAGGUCGGAUUUAAUGUAAUAUAUAUGUUGUGUUUUAUUAUUAUUUUCUAUUUUUUAGUUUAGCACAAAGCCGAAAGUUUAUUUUUUAAAUCACAUUUUAGUGCUCCGCCACGAAACGCAAAAUCCUAGGAACUACAAAUAGUUGUGUAUUGUACAUGUGAGUAACGAAAAAGGAAACAAAGAAAAAAAACUUCACAUCAAAAAUAA